AUGGCCAACUGGAAAUACUUUGUGGCUGCGAUGGCUUUUCAAGGGCUUUUUGGGCUCCGCCCCGUUCUCAACGGACUCGAGGUUUAUCAUGAUCACAAGCUCUUCUGGCUCCUUGUGGAAGCUAGGAUGAGGAACUCGCCCCAGCCUAUCGGUCACGGCAAGUAUCCGCCGAGAUCGUUCAAAUUUGAGGCCAUAGUCACGAUAAUAUUUCUAAAUAGCCACGCCGAACUUGACGGGCUUCUCGAGGAGUCUCCUGAAGGAACGAGAGAACUCUUUUCUGGAUCUAGAAUUCGAGCUCUUCUCUGUAGUGACGCUCGGGAGGGAGACAAGAUAAUCAAUUUGCCAAUUUUUGGUGAACUACUCGUGUUGAGGCGAAGGCCAGGAGAAAAUGAGUAUGACAUUGUCGGCCAAGCACUGCUGCUUCCUUCUCACAAACUUCAAUCUUGCAUUCUCAGGCUUUCAAGCAGGGGCAAGUGGGAAGGGAGGUUGAAGAAGAGUGAGCCAUAUGGGAAAGGGACUUACGUAUCCUACUGUGAGCUCGAAGCCGAGCCUAUCGACUCAAUAGUGUUGGAGCGCCAAGAUCGCGGGGUUGAUGGGUCUCAGGUUAAGGAAAAGAAAUGGGAGAGGUUGGCUACUAAGAUAACUGUGCCUGCAAGUUACUAUAUCAUCUCGCCACAACUGGCCUUAAAGCCUUGUGUAUCCAGUGAUCAAGCCAAUCUUUGUCUUUCGCCUUGA